AUGUCAGUUGAGAAGCGCGUUCAAGAGUGGCUUUCAUGGGACAGGGAUCCCGAAACACGAGGUGUUAUUGAAAAACUCUGGAAGGACGGGGAUACAAGGGAGUUACAAAGUCUCCUCGGCAAUCGAAUGGAGUUUGGGACCGCAGGACUUCGCUCGAAAAUGGGCGCUGGGAAUAGCCAGAUGAACUGUCUAACGAUCAUCCAAACUGCACAGGGAUUGAGCGCAUAUCUAAGGGCGACCUUUACCCAAGAAAAACUUUCUUCAGGAGGAGUGGUGAUUGGAUACGAUGGUCGAUAUGGCAGUAAACGUUUUGCAGAGCUAUCUGCUAACGUUUUUACUAACGCUGGCAUCAACACACGUCUCUUUGGUCAAGUGGUACCUACUCCUUUUGUUCCAUUUGCUAUUCGUCUAUUUGGUUGUGUGGCUGGGGUGGUGGUCACUGCGAGCCACAACCCCAAGGAAUACAACGGGUACAAGGUCUACUGGAGCAACGGCGCACAGAUUAUUUCACCCCAUGACAAAAACAUUUCAAAAUUCAUUUUGGAAAAUUUGACACCUUUGGAUUCUUCCUGGGAGGCCGCAGCAGGCGUAAGUGAUCCAUUUCAAGAGGUUUGGGAUCAGUACUUUGCCACGUUAAAGGCAGAAUACAAACCACUAGCCGCCAACUAUCCUGUGAAAGUGACUUACACGGCGUUACACGGUGUGGGGUGCCCUUUUACUAUGAAGUCGCUUGAGACUGUGGGAGUCCCGCGGCACUGCAUAAGUGUUGUGAGGGCACAGGCUGAGCCCGACCCUGAAUUCCCCACCGUAAAAUUUCCAAAUCCAGAAGAGGGUGCUGGGACUCUUACUCUUUCCAUGGAGACAGCGGCGGAGGCGGGCUCAAAUUAUAUUUUGGCCAAUGAUCCUGACGCGGAUCGACUCGCAGUCGCUGAAAGAAAGCAGGACGGAACUUGGCGUAUCUUCAGUGGGAAUGAGUUGGGCGCUCUGCUUGGUUGGUGGACUGUUUUCAGAAUUCGUCGCCUUGGGGAGCCCCUGGAAAACUGCUACUUUAUAUUUAGUAUUGUCAGCUCAAUGAUUCUUCGUUCCAUCGCCAAAAAGGAGGGAAUGCACUACGCAGAGACGCUUACAGGAUUUAAAUGGAUGGGAAGUUUGGCGGAGUCUCUCCAGCGGGAAUCGUCCGCGCGCGUUGUUUUGGCGUUUGAGGAAGCCAUUGGGUACAUGUGUGGGACCCGUGUCUUUGACAAGGACGGCGUAACAGCUGCUGCUGUGGUGGCCGACAUGAUCGCCUUCCUUGAGAAGGAGGAAAAGAAACGGCUCUCGGAAAAACUGCUUGAGAUUUUUAAACAAUAUGGGUUUCAUUUCACGUGCAACUCGUAUGUAAUUGCCCGGGAUCCCGCUCGUGUCAGUGAAAUGUUUGGCGCAAUUACAAAAAUGCAGAACGGGUCCUAUCCAAAGGAAGUUGCAGGUGCUCGCGUUCUGCACAUUCGUGAUUUGGCUUCUGGACUGGACACCCAGAUGCCGGACGGGCGGGCAACGCUUCCAAUCUCGGCCUCGAGCCCAAUCAUAACUUUUUACUUUGAUAAUGGUGUCACGAUGACAAUUCGGGGCAGCGGAACGGAGCCAAAGCUAAAGUGGUACGCUGAACUCAUUACAGAGGACCCUUCGCGCGAAAAGGAAUUGGCUGUUUUUGUCGAUAAAGCCGUUGAAGAACUCGUGCGGCCGUCGUACUACAAUUUUGAAUACCGUUCAAAUUUGUGA